UCUGGCUCUAUCGUUCUCAUGGCUUCUCGACUCUCAUUCAGUCCAAUCCCAGAAUUCUCUGUUAAAAGUUUCCCAAAACAACCCCGACAAGUGCCUCUUUUUGCAAUUCCGCCACUGGGUUUCCCGUCAAAGUAUGCUCAUUCAAGAACCAUAUCUAGCUCCAGAGUUGAAUUUGUACAUUCGCUUCGGGCUGUGAGAGAGGAAGUCGUACAAUCUCCAAAUUCAGAAUCCACAGAUGAUUCCAAAACCGCCCCUUCUUCCUCUUCCAAGCUCGUUCUCGUCGUUGGUGGCACCGGGGGUGUUGGGCAAUUGGUAGUUGCAUCGUUGCUCAACCGGAAUAUAAAGUCACGCCUAAUACUGCGGGACCCUCAGAAAGCUGCUACGUUAUUUGGUGAACAAGAUGAAGAGACAUUACAGGUAUUCACAGGAGACACUCGGAACCCAGGAGAUCUAGAUCCAAGUAUUUUUGAGGGAGUCACACAUGUCAUAUGCUGCACCGGGACAACGGCUUUUCCUUCGAAACGGUGGGAUGGAGAUAACACUCCAGAAAGAGUAGAUUGGGAGGGUGUGAAAAAUCUUGUAUCUGCUCUUCCUUCGUCAGUGAAGAGGGUUGUUCUUGUUUCGUCAGUAGGUGUAACCAAGUUUAACGAACUGCCUUGGAGCAUCAUGAACCUUUUUGGUGUUCUCAAAUACAAGAAGAUGGGGGAGGAUUUUCUCCAAAAUUCUGGUCUACCAUUUACAAUCAUCAGAGCUGGAAGAUUGACGGAUGGUCCCUACACAUCAUAUGAUCUAAAUACUUUGCUUAAAGCUACCGCCGGGCAACGGCGCGCAGUUCUUAUCGGUCGAGGGGAUAAACUAGUUGGUGAGGUCAGCAGACUUGUUGUAGCUGAAGCUUGCAUACAAGCGUUGGACAUAGAAUUCACUCGGGGCAAAAUUUACGAAAUCAACUCAAUUGAGGGAGAAGGACCGGGAAGCGAUCAGCAAAAGUGGCGAGAACUAUUCGAAGCCGUGGAAACAAAGUAAUUAGAUACACAUUUCAUUGGUUCUUCUCCCUUUAUGUAUCUAUUUAAGAUGAUGUUGCAAAGAGUAAAAUUGCGGGUGACACAUAAAUUGCCUAUGAAAUGUAUAUAGACAUCAUACAUGAUAUUUUUGGUGUUCUUCUUCUGUUAUUUCCUGGCGUUCGCAA